GCAAAAACGGGAUACGAAUUAUUUUUUGGCAGUCUUACGUUUUGCAUAGACAGUGUGGGUAAAUUAAGUUGGGUUUUAUUACUUUGCAGUCUUUGUAAGAAACUUUAAAUUUGCAUUUUUGUAAGCGGAGCGUGUCAUGCUGGCCGCUGUGGAGUCUGAAAUGAGAUCCAACCCGUUCUCCGGCAGAUCAACCUGCUCUCCGACAACCAACGCGGACUUUAAGCGGCAGGACGCGGCUCGGUGUCAGAGACCCGUCCGAGCCAGCCGAGCAUGAAGGGAAUAAUGUUUAACCCCCCGCCUCGGAUCCGUGAAAACGCCCCCACGGGUGACUCGGCAGCGGAUCCUGUUCGCAUCAACACAUCCCUGCUGAGCCCGACGACCUGCGAGGCUCCCUGCGAAACGACGUGGCCGCCGCCCGGAGCCAGGAUGCGGAUCUCCAAGGCCAACAAGGGCGCGGUGGUGAGAGUGAUCCGGCGGCAUUCCUCCCCGCAAUCGGCCAGCCUGGAGGAGGUCUGGAGUCCGAGAGAGGAGAAACCCCGGAGCCCCGAGAGGAAGAAGCCGGCGGAAGCUGCUAAAAACGGGGUUGAAGGGCAAGGUGGGGGGCCACCCCGGAGCAGGAAGAGCCGGUUUCGAGCCCCCGACGUGAGGACCAUCUUCUCCCCCGGAGAAAAGGACCCCAGAGUGAAGGAGGAAACCGGGGAGGGACACACCUUCGAGCCGGGAGGCGAGAACAACUGGUGCGAUGUGUGCUGCAAUUACAUCCUCCAACACGGACUCACCUGUGCAGGCUGCAAAUAUGCUUGUCAUGCUGAAUGUCGAGAGAGAGUGUCACUCGACUGCCAUCCUGCUGCGUCGCCCGUCAGUCAGGACCAUCUGAACAACAACAACACGCCGCUCCAUGAUGUGGAGAAGGAACGAGAAGUACGGACGGAGUUCAGCAGGGAGGAAAUCCAGCAGAAAAUUGACCAGUACAACUCUCUGACCAGAGACUACCUUAAAAUGACGCUGAACCCUACUGGUGUGUACACUGGUUUCGUCAAGGUCAUGAUGGAUCUGAGGCGGCCGGUGACAGUGCGCGGAGGUCAGAGGGCAGCAGGAGGAGCCACGAUGGGGGAGGCCUUCUAUCUACCGCGAGGAGUCAUCAACACUCUCCACAUCAGCUCCGAAAACACGGUCAAGCAGGUGAUCAUGGCGCUGCUGAAGAAGUUCACGGUGGCAGACAACCCGGCCAAGUACGCGCUUUACAAGCGUUGCCGUAGAGACGAGCAGGUGUAUGUGUGCAAGCUGGCGGAUGUUGAGAAGCCGCUGUUCCUUCGCCUGGUGGCCGGACCCGACCUCGACACGCUCAGCUUCGUUCUGAGAGAACAACAGACCGGAGAAGUUAUGUGGGACGCCUUCUCCAUCCCAGAGCUGCGAAACUUUCUCCGGAUACUUGACAAAGAAGAGCAGGAGCAGAAGGAGGCGAUAAUUCGCCGCUAUGAGGUCUGCCGCCAGAGACUGCAGGAGGCCAUGAUGGCGGUCGGAUCGCCUUCGUAGAGGAUUCGCCCUCCUACAAACCAAACGGACGUUGUUCUUCUGUCGUUAAUCUCCUCGGAGGUGAACGUGUUGGUGGAGGGACGGCUGUGAACACGGAAGGAAGCAGCACCUGGACGGAGGGAUGGUUUGGAUAAAAGACAUGAAGAACAAAUAAGAAAAUAAAUGAACUUUUAGACUUCCUUCACUCGCCAAA